GAUGGAUCAACGUCAGACGAGGCGGCUGGAGGCACCAGAUACAAUACAUGUGGCAGCAACAUGGCUAUGGACGAGUGAAUAGCUACACGGCAGGACAUGAACACAAGCGACUCGUGAUUCUUUCCGUCCCGUUGCACGAGACCGCCCUCCUCCACUUCCGACUACGGAGCUUUUAUUUUCUCCUGCGAUAUAUCACAAAUGCGACACCGAUAACAGCAAUAUAUCCUCGCCCAUUUACUGUGACAGGACGGCUCAGCAACCAUGGGCGAAGAUAUCUCUGCGAUGGAUAAGCUACGCGCUCUAUUCAAAGCCUCGAAUAGUGAGCCGCAGUAUGAGCCUGUUGAUUCGGACUAUGGGACUGGGGAUGAGGAUGUGCGGAGACCGAUACUGAUAGUACCAGAGGCGGAUGAGGGGGAGGAGUUCUCGUGGUUCGAAUACUCUAUCUUCCUCCUGUUGGGAAUAGCUAUGCUAUGGGCAUGGUAAGAUAUCUGGCUUCCACAAAUACAGAAUCAAGUUCUGAUUAGAAUACAGGAACAUGUUCCUCGCAGCAGCACCCUAUUUCCAAACCCGAUUCGCAGACAACAGCAACAUCCUCGAACACUUCCAACCCGCCAUCACAUCCGUAGGAUGCAUCACCAACCUCCUCUCGAUGCUCAUCCUCGGCCAAAUGCAAGCCAAAGCCUCCUACCCAAAACGCAUACUCCUGGCGCUCGUCCUAAACUUCAUCGUCUUCACCCUCCUCGCAUUAUCCGUCACAUUCUUCCGCAGCAUCUCCGCAACAGGCUACUUCGUCUUCACCCUGAUCAUGGUAUUCUCGACCUCAGUAGCUACAGGUCUCUGUCAAAACGGCGCCUUCGCAUUCGCGUCUAGUUUCGGCCGCCCAGAAUACAUCCAAGCCAUCAUGACCGGCCAAGCCGUCGCCGGCGUCCUCCCCUCCGUAGCACAAAUCCUCUCCGUGCUCGCCGUCCCAGCACCCUCCCACUCCGCGACGACAGCAGAACAGCUGCAAAGCACAAACACCGAGAACACCACCUCCGCAACAGUGUACUUCUCGACCGCGACGGUAAUCUCCUUCCUCACGCUCUUCGCCGUCGUGCCCCUCAUCCGGAAACACAACCGCAUCCUAGAGAGCAAGAUGAUGACGUCUAUAACCAGUAUUGAGGAGGCGGAGCAGGCGAAGAGGAAGGUGGUGGGGAUGUGGACGCUGUAUAAGAAGUUGCAUUGGUUGGCUGCGAGUGUGUUUCUGUGUUUUGCAGUGACGAUGUUCUUCCCCGUCUUCACGCAAAAGAUCGUCUCCAAUAAACCACAAGACCACGCCCCACGCCUAUUCCAACCCUCUGCUUUCAUCCCCCUCGGUUUCCUGAUCUGGAACAUCGGCGAUUUGGCAGGUCGACUCAUUACACUCGGCCCAUUAAACCUGCGACAUCGGCCGGCGGUGCUGUUUGUGUUUUCGAUUGCGAGGGGGGGUUUCUUGCCGAUGUAUUUGUUGUGUAAUAUUCUUGGGAAGGGAGCCGUGGUUAGGAGUGAUGCGUUUUAUCUUUUUGGGGUGCAGUUUCUGUUUGGGGUUAGUAAUGGCUGGUUGGGGAGUUGCUGUAUGAUGGCUGCGGGGGAGUAUGUGGAGGAUGGGGAGAGGGAGGCUGCGGGGGGAUUUAUGGCGAUUAAUCUUGUGGGUGGGUUGACGGCGGGGUCGUUGUUGAGUUUUGCGGCUGCGGGGGUGAAGUAGUGUACGAGGUUGCGUUUUGUGGUUGGAGUUUUGCAUUGGUGCUUGGAGUGGUUUGGGAUUGGUGUUGGGAGGCGUUUGAGUAAGGUUGCAUUGUAGGCGUGAUAUUGGCUUUUGUUUGAGAGCUGGAUAAAUGGUGCAUACUUGGGUGUAUCUGUCUCUUAAGACAGUGUUGUGAGGAUAAACACUUCCCUUGCACAUAUUCAGGUAGUUCUGCAUAUAGCAACCUCGAUAGUAUGCUACAGGUAAAUAAGCCAUGGGCAUCUGGAUAGAAACACCUAGAAUACACAGAAACUGCCC